AUGUGCAUUGUAGUGUGCUCUCGCCUCUUGCUUGCUUCGUCUGUAGCGAAAAUGUUGCUUCCUCUGUAUCACCAGCAACCACCAUUAUUACCUCCCAAAACCUUUCCCGAUCGAAUUUUCCCGCCAUUCCUGGUUCCUACAACCUUAAUUUCGCGAUGCAAUGUUCGUCGAGCGAACUUCUUCGUCCAUAGUUCUGCCUCCGAUCGAAAGACUCUUCCCCAAUCCGCCAUCCAGAGAAUCGCUGAGAAACUCCGCAGCCUUGGGUUCGUGGAAGAGAAUCGUGAUUCUCCGACUACGAAAAUCACGGGGGAAGAAUCUGGUAGAAGUUCCCCCGGUGAGAUAUUCGUUCCUCUGCCAAACCAGCUCCCGAUCCACCGGGUCGGGCACACAAUUGACACAAGCUGGAGCACGCCCAGUUACCCGGUUCCGAGGCCAGGUUCGGGCACUGCCAUUUCCAGGUAUCAUGAGUUGAAGAGAGUGUGGAAGAAGGAAAAGGAGUUAGAGAGGAAGAAUGAGGAGAAGGUUCCGUCGCUGGCGGAAUUGACUUUGCCGCCAGCGGAGCUGAGGCGGUUGAGGUCGGCUGGCAUUAGGUUGACGAAGAAGCUUAAGAUUGGCAAAGCCGGUGUUACUGAAGGGAUCGUUAAUGGGAUUCACGAGAGAUGGAGGACAACGGAGGUUGUGAAGAUUUUCUGCGAGGAUAUUUCCAGAAUGAACAUGAAACGGACCCAUGACGUCUUGGAGACGAAAACUGGAGGAUUGGUCAUUUGGAGAUCUGGAAGCAAAAUUUUGUUGUAUAGAGGGUACCCUUAUUUCGUAUCUGAUGGGAAUUUGACACAUGAUUCUUCUGUGGAAACUGCUUCAGUGGCAUCAUCUAUUAACGAGGAAGUGGCUGAUACUAGAGAGAAACAGAGUAGUACAGAAUCUCUUGCCCGGAGUAUUACUAGUAAAAUGAUUAAACCUUUGUUGAUACAAGGUGUUGGUUCUCCGGAUAAGGUUCGGUUUCAAUUACCUGGUGAAGUUCAGCUAGUGGAAGAAGCAGACCGUUUGCUGGAAGGAUUGGGUCCAAGAUUCACUGACUGGUGGGCAUAUGAUCCUCUUCCAGUAGAUGGCGAUCUUCUGCCAGCGGUAGUAUCUGAGUACAGGAGACCAUUUCGUCUUCUUCCAUUCGGCGUGAGCCCAAAACUCACUGAUGAUGAAAUGACCACUUUAAGAAGACUUGGUAGACCACUACCUUGUCAUUUCGCUUUAGUUGUCAAGCUUUGGGAGAAAUGUGAGCUUGUCAAGAUAGCAGUGAAGAGAGGAGUGCAGAACACUAAUAGCGAACUGAUGGCAGAAGAGUUAAAGUGGUUGACUGGAGGGACUCUGAUAUCUCGGGAUAAAGAUUUUAUUGUCCUGUACCGAGGAAAAGAUUUCCUACCAUCUGCAGUUUCUUCUGCAAUACAAGAGAGGAGACGGCAAACAAUGAUCAUGGAGAAAUCAAGCGUGCAUGGUAAUAAGCUGACUGCUACACACGACUCUGAACUAGAAGCUGAGUAUAAAAAGGAUCAUAUACAAACCCAGCAAAUGAAACCAAGACAGCGGAAAUCUCCUGAGGCAAUCCUCGAAAGAACUAGCAUCAAGUUGUCCAUGGCGUUAGAAAAGAAAGCGAAUGCAGAAAAAAUACUGGCAGAGCUGGAGAAUAGGGAGAGUCCUCAACAGUCGGAUAUCGACAAGGAGGGGAUUACUGUUGACGAAAAACGAGGGGUCUUUGAUGGAACAAUAGAGAACAUGCAUCUUCACUGGAAGUAUAGGGAACUUGUGAAGAUUAUCUGUAAUGAACAGAGCAGUGAAGCUGCACACGAAGUAGCAGAAAUCUUGGAAGCAGAGAGUGGUGGCAUACUAGUUGCUGUCGAGAUGGUGAGUAAGGGCUAUGCAAUUAUUGUAUACCGUGGAAAGAAUUACGAGCGGCCGACAUGUCUACGACCUCAAACACUUCUCAGUAAGAGAGAAGCACUAAAACGAUCUGUGGAGGCACAACGUCGAAAGUCAUUAAAGCUGCAUGUGCUGAAACUUUCAAACAACAUUGAUGAAUUGAACCGUCAGUUGGUUGGGGACAGUGCGACCAAUGAAACGUGGUCAGAUGGGGAAUCAAGUAACGGAAUGGUCCAGGAAGAAACAUCAAAUCAGCAAAUUGGGCCCGAGAAACUAAGAGAAAAAGUUGAUGAACUAGGCUGUUCUUCUGACUCAACAGUUCCUUCCUCUGAUGUAGAGAACUGGGAGGAUGACAGCAAAGAUGAAGUAAACCGAUAUACUACGAGCAGUCUCGAAGAUGAAACUGGCUCUGGCUCUGGCUCUGGCUCUGUAGUUGCAGAGACCCGUUUUGCCAAGGCUUCUUCAUUUCAUGAUAGAUCCAUGCCGCGCAACAGCGUACUGAAUGCUGAGCGAAAAGUACCAAGUGGAAAAGAAGUGGGAUCAUCAACCGGAAGUGGCUCACGAAACUCAGGUCUGACAGAGAGCAGAAGCGAAAAUGAUGGGGUGGUGACAGAUCUGUCCAAUAGAGAAAGGCUCAUUCUGAGAAAACAAGCCCUUAAGAUGAAGAAGCGCCCACCCUUUGCAGUAGGAAGAAGCAACGUUGUAACCGGUAUAGCUAGAACACUGAAGAUGCAUUUUCAGAGAAACCCUCUAGCAAUCGUAAACGUCAAAGGGAGGGCCAAGGGAACAUCCGUCCAAGAAGUCAUCGCAAAGCUCAAGGUGGACACUACAAGAAGAAACAGGAGCUCUUCUGGUGUCGCAGGAGCCAAGUAA